UGACAACUCCAAAUGUUCAAGUUAUAGGUUAUACAUCUUCCUAAGCUCAAAGUCAGUGAGAAGAGAGAGCUUCUAAGGGGAAGAAGAAGAAGAAGAAAAAGAAGAAAAAUGGGGUAUGAAUUUUUUCCCAUGAACCAAUCAAACGGAUUGUCAUCGACAAGUCCUUCCCUGGUUCUUGAGCUACAUUCCUCUGCCAAAUGGAGAGCCCAUUUACAAGCCUCCAAAGAAAGUACCAAACUGAUUGUGAUUGACUUCACGGCUUCAUGGUGCCGACCUUGUGGAUUCAUAGAACCAGCUAUCAAUGAGUUUGCUGCUAAAUAUACUGAUGUCAAGUUCAUCAAGAUAGAUGUGGAUGAAUUGAUGGAUGUGGCUCAGGAAUUUGAGGUGCAAACAUUGCCAACUUUUGUUCUGAUAAAGGAAGGGGUAGCAGUUGAUAAGAUUGUGGGUGUGAAGAAGGAAGAACUCCAGAACAAAAUUGAGAAACACAUGGUUUAAUGCUAUUUGAGUUGAACUCUGUUGGGUUUGGUGAGUUUGGUUUAACAAAGUUGUGAUGACAGAGGCAGAGGAAACAAGUAGAAAGAAUUGGUGGUGAUACCAAUCUCAAUGUAAUAAAAAAUCUAUAAACAGUUACAAUUAAUAAAAUGAAUUUUUGAUUAAAAUUCACAAUUCAUAAA